AUGCAAGUCCUCCUCCUCGGCGGCCACGGCAAGGUAGCCCAGAAACUAACCCCGCUCCUGCUCGCCCGCGCCUGGAACGUCACCAGCGUUAUCCGCAACCCCGAGCACGAGAACGCGAUCCUCGCCCUGGGCAAAGGCGCAAGAGGCAAACUCUCCGUUCUCCUAUCCAGCCUGGAGGACGUAAAAAGCGACGAUGACGCGAAGAAGAUCGUCGACGCCGUGUCCCCGGAUUAUGUAGUUUGGUCGGCCGGAGCCGGAGGCAAAGGCGGCCCCGAGCGAACCUUCGCUAUCGACGAACGAGCCGCAAAGCACUUCCUUGCUGCGUCGUUCGCCUCGCCCCGCGUCACCAAGUUCCUGCUGGUCUCGUGGCUGGGUAGUCGACGGGUCCAUCCCAGCUGGAUGUCAGAUGAGGAUUGGGCAAGUAUUCAAAAUGUGUUUAAUAAUGUUCUUCCUGUGUAUGCCAAGGCCAAGCUCGAGGCGGACGAGUACAUGACUGCGUUGGCGGCGCGGCGCAAGCAGUCCGGCGGGCCGAAGUUGCAGGCGAUCUGUCUGCGGCCGGGGACGCUGACUGACGAGCCUGCGACGGGACGGGUGGCGCUGGGGAAGACGAGGGGCGUGGGGAAUGUGACGAGGGAGGAUGUUGCCAGGGUGGCGGAUCAACUGCUGGCGAGGGCGGAUACGGAGGGUUGGUAUGAUUUGUUGAAUGGGGAGGAGCCGAUAGAGGAGGCUGUUGAACGAGUAGCGCGGGAAAAAGUGGACGCGGUUGAUGGAGAGGAUGUUGAUGGCAUGGUGAAGCGCUUCUUCCCGUGA